AUGAGCAGAGCCCUACAAGGGGCAGAACUAAGGUACAAUAAACUGGAAAAGCUAGCUCUGGCACUCUUGACCACUUCGAGGAGGCUAAAACAAUACUUCCAAGGCCACCAGAUCAUCGUAAGGACGGACCAAGGAAUCCGGCAAGUACUCCAGAAACCAGAUUUGGCAGGAAGAAUGAUGACAUGGUCCAUCGAACUCUCCCAAUACGACAUACGGUACGAGCCUCGACAAGCAAUCAAGGCGCAAGCGAUGGCGGAUUUCCUGGUAGAAGUGACGGGAGAACCAACCGAAGAAACGGGCACACGGUGGAGGCUCCAUGUGGACGGGGCCUCCAACCAGACGUCCGGGGGCGCCGGGAUCAUCCUAGAGAGCCCGGUCGGGGUCAUGUACGAGCAGUCGAUCAAGUUUGAAUUCCCCGUUUCGAACAACCAAGCGGAGUACGAAGGCCUUAUAGGAGGCUUAACCCUAGCGACGGAGGUCGGGGCAACAAGGUUGGAAGUAUGCAGCGAUUCGCAGGUCGUCACCUCCCAAGUAAACGGGAGCUACCAAGCCAGGGACUCGUUACUACAAAAGUACUUGGAGAAAGUCAAGGAUUUGAGCCGAAAGUUUGAGGAAGUCACGAUUCACCACGUUCCGAGAGAAAGGAAUACACGGGCAGACCUCCUAUCGAAGUUGGCUAACACAAAACCGGGAGAAGGCAACCGAUCUCUAAUCCAAGGAAUGAUGAAGGAGCCGGUAGUCACCUUGCACCUCUUAAAGCUAAGCCCCUCGUGGUUGGACCCCAUCACCGACUUCUUAGAAAACGACAGACUUCCCGACAACGAAAAAGAUGCUAAGAAACUGAGAAGGGAAGUAGCCAGGUAUGCGAUCAUCCAGGGUCAAUUGUUCAGGAAAGGAUUCAACCAGCCCCUGCUGAAAUUCCUGCACCCCGACCAAACGGAUUACGUCCUUAGGGAAGUCCAUGAAGGGUGCUGCGGCCAUCACAUAGAAGGCAAAGCCCUGGCAAGAAAAUUAAUCCGGGCCGGAUACUAUUGGCCGUCAAUGAUGGCUGACUCCAAAGAAUUCGUUAGGAAGUGUGUCAAAUGUCAAGAGAACGCCAACUUCCACAGAGCACCGGCGUCUGAACUUAACUUGCUAACGUCCUCUCGGCCAUUCUCACAAUGGGGAGUCGACCUCUUAGGGCCCUUCCCGGUUGGCCCCGGACAAGUCAAGUACCUUAUAGUCGCUAUUGACUACUACACCAAAUGGAUAGAGGCCGAGCCGCUGGCCAGCAUAUCCUCAUCCAAUUGCAGGAAAUUCAUGUGGAGGCAAGUGAUAACACAGUUCGGUAUCCCAGAAGCUGUCAUCUCGGACAACGGAACACAGUUCACCGACAAGAAAUUCACAGAGUUCCUCAUCAGCCUGGGCAUAAAACAGAGGUUCUCCUCGGUGGAACAUCCUCAAACAAACGGGCAGGUCGAGUCCGCAAACAAGAUCAUCCUGCUAGGACUCAAGAAGCGGCUAGACAAUAAGAAGGGUGCUUGGGCCGACGAGCUCGCCUUGGUCCUCUGGUCCUACCGUACAACCGAACAAUCUUCCACUAAAGAGACCCCCUUUUGA